CAAAGAGCAUUUAGCUUGUUCUCGGCUUCUCAACCCCUACAUUGCGCAGCUCUCUUAAUAUGAUGCUUUUCUUUGUUACAAAAGCAAAUAAUUCCUUACAAAAUCAAGAUCUCUUUUUAACUGCCUCUUUCUCUUCACAUUUCCUUUCUCUCCACAAUUAGGGCAAAACUAGAUCUCUGCAACUUCCAUGGAAGCUUUAAUGCAUGCAAUUCUGAGUUUGCGGUUGCUAAUUUGAUGCUCUGAUCUGUUGAUGCUUUGCUCUCUCAAAUUCUGGUUCCAAAUUUCGCAUGGAAUCGAUCUCGAGCCACAUUGGCUCUCCAAACCCCUGGCAUUUCCUUGUUGCUGUCUAUUUCGCUGUUGGUUUCGUUGCUGCUAGGUUCUUAUUGGACAAAUUCGUCUUUCGAAGGUUGGCCAUUUGGUUGUUGCAAAAGAAAGCUGUGCCACGGAGGAUUGAUGAGGCUACACGUGCAACAAUUGUAAAAUGCUCAGAAUCUAUGUGGAAGCUAACAUACUAUGCUACUGUUGAAGUAUGUGUUCUUAAAAUUACCUACAAUGAGCCAUGGUUCAGAAACACAAGAGAAUACUUCAGAGGUUGGCCAGAUCAAGAAUUAAAGCUUCCCCUAAAACUUUUCUACAUGUGCCAAUGUGGAUUCUACAUCUACAGUAUUGCUGCACUCCUUACAUGGGAAACUAGAAGGAAGGACUUUGCUGUAAUGAUGUCUCAUCAUGUAGUUACAGUUAUACUGAUUGGAUACUCUUACAUUACAAGAUUUUUUCGGAUAGGCUCAAUUAUCCUUGCCCUGCAUGAUGCAAGCGAUGUAUUGAUGGAAGCUGCAAAAGUUUUUAAAUAUUCUGGGAAGGAGCUUGGAGCAAGCAUUUGCUUUGGAUUAUUUGCCAUCUCGUGGCUCCUACUACGACUAGUAUUCUUUCCAUUUUGGGUAAUCAAGACUUCAUGCUAUGAUGUUGUGGACUUCUUAGAUUUGUCAAAGGCCUAUCCCCUUUCACUGUACUAUGUUUUCAAUACAAUGCUGCUGAUGCUACUUGUGUUCCACAUCUACUGGUGGGUUCUGAUAUACUCAAUGAUAAUGAAACAGCUAAGAAAUAGAGGAAGAGUGGGCGAAGAUAUAAGAUCUGAUUCAGAAGAUGAUGAUUAGGUAGAAGAUUUUGUUUAAGAUUUUGGUUCAGUGGCGGCUGACAGGAGAUUCAUUCGACUUUUCAUUUGAUUUCUACAGUUGAUUUUUUUUCUUGGUGUAAAGGAAAGGAAGUAGGACCACCAAGCAUCGCUUUCUUAUUUCUUUUGGUCUAUAAAUAAUAGGCAAUCCUGUAUAAUUGUUCGCUUCUUCGAUGAACCCUCGUUCUGAGAUUCGUCCUAUUUGCUAAAUGGAGGGGGAAAAAAAAACUUGUGUAACGAUUUUUUACAAUUUUCUUGGUGUCUAGUUGUUAAGAAUCUAUACAGCUAUAUAACACAUUAGGUCUAUAAUAAUAACUGAUGAAGUUAGCUAUUAGUUCAA